AUGGGGAGAGGUAGAGUGGCCAGAAAUUUUAUUGGUUUAGUGCAUGAUCUCACACUUAGGGAAGCUUUGGGCUCGGUUGAUCCUUCACCCACCCCAGCGAAUCCCCUUGAAAAGGAAGAGGAGGAUGACCUCGCUGAAGACUUCGCUUCCAUAGCUGAACUGGUUCUGUGGCGGCAUGUUUCAAAGAAGAGGAAGGCAGUGGUUGAGCCAUCGUCUGGUGCUACGGAGGGGCUUGAAGAAGUGGAAGGUGUUCCUAAAUGGAUUUCUCUCUUCAAAAGGCAUGCUAAAGGCUUAAAAUAG